GCCGUAGCUUUGCUCCGCCCACUAGACGGCGGUGUUUCUGAAUCAUGCUAGCUACCAAAUCAAGAUUAAAUCACCGCCAGAAUGAAGCUGGUGAUCUGGAGGAUUCUGAGUGAGGUUCUCCCAGUGCGCUCAGAGAAUGCGUUCGCUAAGGGGAAACAUCUGUGCAGGUGUGAAUACGGUACCGUGAUCGUCAGAAACCUGUCGCUGAGCUGCAACCUGGGAGGAAAAACGCAGGGAAGUUCCAAGAAGAAAGAUUUGUCUGAGAAGAAGUUGACACGUUAUUUCGUGGACCAGCGCAGGGUAAAGUUCCAGGCCGGGUCAGGAGGAGACGGAGCCUGCAGCUUCCACAGUGAACCCCGCAAAGAGUGGGGCGGCCCGGAUGGAGGCAACGGGGGUAACGGAGGCGACAUUAUCAUAAAAGUAAACAAGCAGAUAAAGUCUCUUUCUCUCAUUUCAUCUUCAUAUCGAGGAGAAAACGGAGAAUCUGGGAGGAGUAAAAACUGCUAUGGACGCAAUGCCAGCUCAAAAUACAUAUCAGUGCCCAUAGGCACCGUGGUGAAGGAGCAGGGCAAAACAGUCGCCGAUCUCGCUCAUCACGGGCAGGAAUAUGUGGCUGUACAUGGAGGAGGAGGAGGAAAAGGCAAUCGCUUCUUUCUUUCCAAUGAAAACAGAGCACCGAUGACGACCACAGCCGGAGAACUAGGAGAAGAACGAGUGCUCCAGCUGGAACUGAGGACGAUGGCACAUGCUGGUUUGGUCGGGUUUCCUAAUGCAGGAAAGUCAUCGUUGCUGAGAGCGAUCUCAAAUGCUCGUCCUGCUGUAGCAGCUUAUCCCUUCACCACGCUAAAUCCACACGUAGGCGUGGUCAAGUACAGAGAUCACGAGCAACUGGCAGUCGCUGAUAUCCCCGGUAUAAUCCGCGGCGCUCACCUGAACCGCGGCCUCGGUUUGUCUUUCUUGCGUCACAUCGAGCGCUGUCGCUUCCUGCUCUUCGUGUUGGACAUGUCGUCUCCCGCACCAUGGGAUGAGCUGCAGAGUCUGCGUUUCGAGCUAGAUCAGUACGAACAGGGUCUCUCUCAGCGUCCUCAUGCUAUCGUGGCCAAUAAAAUGGACCUGAGCGGCACAAAGGAAAAACUCCAGGAGCUGAGGAGACGAGUGGAGAAGCGCAUCAUCCCUCUCUCUGCCCUGACGGGAAAUAACACAGAGGAGCUGAUCAUCCAUCUGAGGGAGCUCUACGAUGACCAUACGGGAGAGACAAUGUUUAGCUGGUAGACAUAAGGGGAAAAAUUUUAUAGGUUGAAUACCUUACUUUUUGUACAUCUUGAUUCUCUAUUAAAGAAGUAAUAUUUAUUUUUUCUACAUUA